CACGCGCAUCAUCGUUAAUCUCUCUUCACUUCCAGUUCAGUAUCAAUUCGUGUGUGAGUUAUGAAACAUGUGAUUUGCCGUGUAGUUGCGAUCUUUGGAACGUACUCACCGAAGAAUACGAAAAAUAUCUCUGUCCAGUGGUUGUGGGUAUACCAAGUUCGAUAGUCGCCGGAGUUUGACAUCUGUCACGGUCAUUGUUGGAUUACUUUUGUUCAGUAAACAUCAAAUGGAUCAAAUGAAUGGAACACGCACGAUGCUUAAUUACAGUGAUCUCGUGCAGCGGUCCAGAGACGCAUUUCUCAGUGGAAAAACAAGACCUCUGGAAUGGAGGCUGAAACAACUGAAGCAAUUUCACAAAAUGCUGAUUGACAAUACGGGGGAAAUAAUUGUGGCGUUAGAAAGCGAUCUACGAAGGUGUAAAUUCGAGACAACAGCAUUGGAGUUAGACACAGCUCUGGGAGAUGUCAAAUACAUGAUAAUGAAUUUAAAAGAAUUCUCAGCAGUUGAAAAGCCAUCAAAGGGUAUUGUGAAUAUGUUUGACUCCGUUGAGAUCCAUAAAGAUCCGUACGGAGUUGUGCUUAUUAUUGGGGCAUGGAAUUAUCCGCUACUUUUGAAUGUCUCUCCGUUCAUGGGUGCUAUUGCCGCUGGUAACUGCGCUAUUCUGAAACCAUCGGAAAUAUCUCCAGCCACCUCUAAACUUCUUGCCACGAUUAUUCCAAAAUAUCUCGAUACAGAAUGUUACCAUGUCGUCACUGGAGGUGUUCCGGAAACAACAGAACUAUUAAAACAAAAGUUCGAUUAUAUUCUUUACACUGGUUCGACUACAGUCGGCAAAAUUGUCCGUGAGGCUGCAAAUAAACAUUUGACACCUGUCACCUUGGAACUUGGUGGUAAAAGUCCUGUGUAUAUAGACAACACAGCAGAUCUCACAAUAGCAACUAAACGUAUACUUUGGGGAAAGUUCGUCAACGUUGGACAGACAUGCAUUGCGCCAGAUUAUGUAUUAUGUACUAAGGAGGUUCAAGAGGCGUUUGUGGAGGAGGGAAAGAAAAUAUUGACAGAGUGGUAUGGAGAAAACCCAAAGGACAGUCCUGAUAUGGCUAGGAUCAUCAACAAUAAUCAUUAUCAACGUCUGAUGAAUCUGUUGAAUGGCAACGGUAAAGUGGUAGUUGGUGGUGAGACAGACUCUCGAGACAGGUUCAUCGCUCCAACUAUCUUAACCGAUGUCAAACCAUCUGAUCCUGUAAUGCAGGAGGAGAUAUUUGGGCCUAUUCUCCCGAUUAUCAAUGUCGAUAAUGCGUAUGAAGCGAUCAAAUUCAUAAAUGAACGCGACUGCCCCCUCACGCUGUACAUAUUUACCAAGGACAGUGGAGUGCGUAAUUUGAUAAUUGAACAAACUCGGAGUGGUUCAAUAUGCGUCAAUGACACGAUAAUGCAGUUUGCUGUUGACUCACUUCCAUUCGGCGGAGUUGGCGCAUCUGGAAUGGGCGCUUAUCACGGAAAAGCGACGUUCGACACAUUUGUACACAAAAAAUCAGUUCUCGUCAAAAAUUACAAUCCUAUCGCUGAAGCGCUGGCUUCCGCUCGAUAUCCACCGUAUUCAGAUCGUAAGCUGACAUUCCUCGGUUUGUUAGUGGCAAAGCGACCUGAUAUCCCUGGCAUCAAGUAUCUACCUCAUCUCAUAAUGUUUGGACUCGGUGUCAUUGUUACCAUUGGCAUCAAAGCCGCCAUCAAGGAGUACGGAUCUCAAGGCGACGAUAUGUAGAGACGAGCUUUCCGUUUUUUUAAAAGGAGAGUCAAUGAUUUUGGGAGUGAAUGGUGAAUCAGUUCGAUUUAAAAGUGAAUUUUCCUGUUGAACGUGAAAAUUUUCCCUCUCAGUGAGGCCGAUUCAGUUAAUUUACUGAUGUCGAAAAGGCGUAUAUGCUGGGACAUACGACUGUUUGGCCUCAAACACUCGCAAAAAGUUCUGACUUUUCUCUGUGAAAUCAAUGUUCAUAUUGAUGUCAUGGAGGGACUGUCGAAUUGUUUGACGAUUUCAGUUGUAUAAUCACAUAUUAAAUAAGACAUCACAAGUGAAUUUUCAACACCAGUCAUAUAAAGAGAAUAACACGUCGAUGUCAACAGAAUUCCUUGAAUUUUUAUAAUUUUUCAUUCUUCAGUUUUCUAAUUGUUGAUACUUGAGAAUAAACAUCACAAGAGAUAGUCAUUUUGAUAUUAAGGAGGGGGGGGGGGCAUCGCGAAUUUUGAAUUGUUAAUCAAAACAUUGUGUGUGUAAAUGGUGCAAUUAAAAUGAGGCAUUUUUAAUGCAAUUGUUUGUCAAUGCAAAUUAAUUUUAUAAGAGUGAUUAUAUUAUUUUGUUCAGGUUUCGAUGUAAUAUAAUGAUUAUUCUAAUAAAAAAAUAUGUUUGUACGAUAA